CGGCACACACACACACACACACACACGCGCGCGCGCGCUCACACUCUCUCCAGCUCUCGAGCACCAUGAGGAUCUCCACUGGCCUGUGUGUGGCCCUCUGUGUCCUGCUCCAGAUCAACGCCACUUGGCAAAUAGUGGACAGCAGCUCGUUCCUCAUCUAUAACAGUGACCACUCCAAGUGUCUGAAGGUGGUGGACACGUCCUCGUUUGUGGCGGCGGCGUGCGACCCGGCGGCGUUGGCCCAGCGGUUCCGUUGGGUGUCCGGUAACCGGCUGCUCUCGCUGUCGCUGAAGCUGUGUGUGGGGGCGCAGGACCUGAAGGACUGGGUCAAGGUGCUGCCCUUCCCCUGCAACGAGCAGAGUCCCCUGCAGCAGUGGGAGUGCAAGAACGACACGCUGGUCGGCCUCAAGGGCCACGACCUGCACCUCAACUACGGCAACCGCAACGAGAAGAACGUCAUGCUCUACAAGGGCUAUGGCGCAUGGAGCCGCUGGAAAGUGUACGGAUCCAACAGUGACCUCUGCUCCCAUGGCUACCGCGAGACCUUCACUCUGGGGGGCAAUGCAUAUGGGAGUCCGUGUCAGUUCCCCUUUAAGUUCGAGGAGAGCUGGUAUGCAGAGUGCACCGUGGAGGGACGACUAGACGGGCAGCUGUGGUGCGCCACCGAGACCGACUACACCAAGGACAAGAAGUGGGGCUUCUGCCCUACCAAGAGUUCCUCUGGCUGGGAUACGGACCCUGUGACUGGCGUUUUGUACCAGAGGAACACACAGGCAGUUCUGACGUGGCAUCAGGCACGUGCCAGCUGCCAACAGCAGGGGGCAGACUUGCUCAGCAUUGUGGAACUGCAUGAGCAGACGUACAUUUCAGGUCUGACUAACAUCCUAGGCACCUCUCUCUGGAUUGGCCUGAACAGUUUGGAUUUUCAGAGCGGCUGGCAGUGGAGCAACAGCAAUCCCUUCAGAUACUUAAACUGGGCUCCAGGUCACCCCUCAUUGGAGCCAGGUCUGAAUUGUGGAGUGUUAAAUCCUAUGAAAGCAUCCAAGUGGGAAAGUUUCAACUGCAACAAGAAGAUGGGCUACAUCUGCCGCAAGGGCAACAGCACAGACGUUACGCCAGUGGUCCUGUCGAGCCAGCAGCCGUUCUACUGUCCGGCGGGCUGGGUUCCGUACUACGGCCAGUGCUACAAGCUGCGGCGGGAGCCGAAGAGCUGGACGGCUGCACUGACCGCAUGCCACAAGGACGAGUCGGAACUGACCAGCGUCCACAACGUGGAGGAGCAGAGCUUCCUCAUCUCACAGAGCGGCUACCUGGAAUCUGAUGAGCUGUGGAUUGGGCUGAGUGACCGCUCCACUCAGAACUUGUUUGAGUGGUCAGACCGCUCCAGCGUGACCUUCACCAGGUGGAGCGCAGGAGAGCCGUCCCACUCCACCAACCUGAUGGAGGACUGCGUCCUUAUGGGGGGCAAGGAAGGGUCCUGGUCUGACUACAUGUGUGAGAAGGAGUUUGGCUUCAUCUGUAAGAAAAAAGCUUCCACUAAACCACCAGAGGGGGGUGCUGUUGCCCACACAGGAUGCAAGAUGGGUUGGGUGAGGUACUCUUCCUUUUGCUACCUCAUUGGAUCUGAGAUGAAAAGCUUUGAGGACGCCAAACAGACAUGCACCAGCAGUUCAGCUAAACUAGUGGAUGUUGCUGACAGGUAUGAGAAUGCCUUCGUCAUCAGCCUGGUGGGUCUUAGACCAGAGAAGUACUUCUGGCUCGGUGUGUCCAACAUGCAGAACCCUGACCACUUCAAAACCAGCAGCGGCACCGCCGUCAAGUUCACCCACUUCAACGUGGGCAUGCCAGAUCGUCAUCAGGGCUGUGUGGCCAUGCUGACUGGAGUGUCGGCAGGCCUGUGGGAUGUGGUCAGCUGUGACUCCAAGCAGAAGUUCCUCUGCAAGGCUCUGGCUGAGGGAGUGACCAGCACCGUCCCCCCCCCCACCACACGCCCCCUCGCCUGUCAUGACGGCUGGACCGCCAAACCCGGCUCACACUUCUGUUACAAGGUAUUUAAGAAGAGCAGUGAUGACAAGAAGACUUGGUUCCAGGCCCAAAAGUUCUGUAAGGACAUUGGAGGAGAUCUCAUCAGUCUGCACUCUGAGGAUCAGGUCGACGCUUUACCGUAUUAUCACGACUCUCCAGCUUGGAUCGGAUUCAAAAUGGAAACAACAGGUGGAUUUGUGUGGAGUGAUGAGUCCCCGUCAGAUUAUGAGAACUGGGGUUAUGGUGAACCCAACAACUACAAUGACAACGAGCACUGCACAGAAACCAGCUUCUACUACAGCCACUCCUGGAACGACAGGGACUGUGAGCAGUAUAAUGACUGGAUCUGUCAGAUACGCAGAGGACAAGUUCCGAAACCAGCUCCCACUGCAAUGGAACCAGCGGAGUACAACAUGACGGCAGAUGGCUGGCUGGAUAAGAACGGCUCUCAGUACUACAUUAAUCAGGAGAAGCUAGGCAGGGACGAGGCCCAGGCCUACUGUAAGAGUAACCAUGGCAACCUGGCCGUCAUCACUGGACACACAGAGAGAAGAUUCCUCAUGAGACAGAUCUCACGGGGGUCAGUGGACCAGUACUACAUCGGGAUGACGGUCAACCUGGACAAAUCCUUCAGCUGGGAGGACGACUCUCCAGUGGUGUAUACAGCCUGGGACAGGAACGAGCCCAACUUUGCCAACAACGAUGAGAAUUGCGUCUCCAUGUACAAGAAUGGCUACUGGAAUGACAUUAACUGUGGGGUUCCCCUCCCCUCGCUCUGUAAGCGCAGCAGCAGUUUUGUGAACAGCACUCUGGCGCCCACUACUGUCCCACAGGGGGGCUGCGCCCCAGAGUGGACCGCUUUCCAGGGAAAGUGUUAUAUAUUCGUAGGCCAGGACAAUAAGAAGUCAUGGCAUGAAGCUCGUGACUUCUGCAUCAAACAGGGAGGGAACCUUCUGUCCAUCGUCAACCACCAAGAGCAGGCGUUCCUGACGACGCGCAUGCUGAGUGCGAGCGGGGACAUGUGGAUCGGCCUGAACGACGUCAACUGGGAGAUGCGCUUCCUGUGGACGGAUGGAAAGGGCGUGACCUUCACAAACUGGGCCAAAGGUCACCCAGUGUCCUACCCUGGAAGCAUGAUGGGAGAUGAAGAGUUUGACUGUGUUGUCAUGGUGAUGAGUCCACCCUCAGUGGUGGGGGUGUGGAAGGUUGAGGACUGCCAUGCUUCACGAGGCUUCGUCUGCAAAAGAAAUCUGGACUCUAAGAUUGCUCCUCCCGUAACGACGGCGGCGCCGCACAACUACUUCCGCCUGGGGAACGACUCGUAUAAGGUGCAGACGGAGCGCAUGAGCUGGGACGAGGCGCGGAGACAGUGCAAGGCAGACGACGCAGAUCUGGCCUCCAUCCUGGACUCCGUCAGCCAGGCCAGCACCAUCCUGAGGACACACACACUCAAGGAGCCCGUGUGGAUAGGACUCAACAGCAACCUGACGAAUGGCCAGUACCGCUGGGUGGAUAAUUGGCUGCUGCGCUACAGUAGGUGGGGCCCGGAGGAGCCCAAAGUCAAUCAGGCAUGUGUGUACAUCGACACAGAUGGCAGCUGGAAGACCACCACCUGCAGCAACACCUACUAUUCCCUCUGCAAACGCUCCCCAGUUCUGGCCCCUACUGACCCGCCCCAGUUGCCUGGCAACUGCCCUGAGCCCAAGCGGCGACGGACGUGGAUUCCGUUCCGAGGACAUUGCUACGCCUUCAUCACCGCCUCCCUGGAGAACUGGGCCCACUCCACCGUGGAGUGCAUCCGCAUGGGGGCCUCUCUUCUGAGUAUUGAGGAUCCAACCGAGUCCAGCUUCAUCCAGGAAAAGCUGGGAAUGCUGCAGGAUGGAACCAAGUCCUUCUGGAUUGGACUGCAUCGCUCCCAUGAGGGGGAGUGGAUGUGGAUUGAUAGAUCACCAGUUGACUACACAAACUGGAACUCGAGGACCCACAGCUAUGGAGAUUGUGUGUCCAUCAGUUCAGACACAUCUGUGUGGGAAAAGACCAGCUGCAGCCGAUACAGGCCCUACAUCUGCAAAAUGCCCAAAGUUAUACCACCAACAGAGUCACAACCAUUACCAGUGAGAAGCACACAAGCCCCUCCCCAUGGUUACGCUGGCAUUGCUGUGGCUAUCGUCAUGGUGAUUGUCGCCUUGGCUGGGCUGGCAGUGUUCCUGUUCUAUAAGAGGCCUACUGUCCCUGUGGUUGGGGAGUGCAACUUCGACAACACGCUGUACUUCAACAACCCCACCCGGGCCAACGCCAGCAUCGACACCAAGGGCUUAGUGGCCAACAUCGAGCAGAAUGAACAUGCCUAAAACCACCAAAACACCAUACACACCAACGCAACACCAUACACUUACACACCAACACUAUACACACCAACACAACAGCAUACACUCCACCAAAACACCAUACACACCAACACAACAUACACAUUAGCACACAGUACAGUUGUUGUUUGGAACAACUAACCAGAGUGGAUGUACAGUAUGUAUUGAGGAUCUCAAACAUCAUAGUCUCCGUAGAGAAGCUCAGCAGUCAUCAUAGGGCAUUCACACUGUAUGUAGUAGACUGUAUGCUUUACCUUCUAUUUAUAUUAAAGACCCCCUCCAAUGAAACUCAAGUGUUUAACCUUGUCAACCUUGUCCACAUGUACUGGCUGAAAUGCGUGUGGUUGCGCACUUACGCACAUGGGAGAGUUCCCCACUUUGUGAAUAGAGAAACCUUUCCGACGCUCACAUGGUGAUGGGCGUAGAUAUACUGUAGCAUUAACUUUUAAGUCAUUGGUCCAGAUUCCUAACAUUACUUGCUACUUCGCUUAAAGUUUGCAAGCUGACAAUAAACAACAUUGGCAGUCAGAAAGAAAUUUAUGUUUUCUACUUUUGCUCUACAUGAAUGCACACAUUCUUCUGACUGCCUUUCUUAAUGCACACAUUCUUCUAACUGCAUGUCUUAAUGCACACAUUCUUCUAACUGCCUUUCUUAAAGGAACACGAGUUGAUACAUACCUCUCACGUUUCAAUGCGUGCACUCACUGGCUCUGGCGCACGGCGCAACUUUGAUAGCAUUUAGCUAGCCCAAUGCAUUCAUUAGGAUCCAAACAGAGAUGAAGUUGGAAGCGACCAAACACCUCCAUGUUUUCCCUAUUAAAAAUAUGAGUAGUCACACGACCAAGUAUGGUGAGACAAAAUAAAACGUGGUGCAUUUCUAAGCAGGCAAAAGGAAUAACUAUAGUGUGUGGCAGAAUAACAUUGGGAGCACUUAGACUAUGCGCAGUAAUAUCCUCACUCCAAAGUGAAACUGAAAGUGCAAGAGUGGGGAUAUUACUGCGCCACACAAUAUAGUGCAACUUUUCGCAAAGUUUUCCAUGUCUCGAGUAGUUCAACUAUUCUGAUCAUGGUAUAGUGAAAUGUUUGGAUACGGUCUCCUAUAAUGACAGUUACAGUAUUAAAUAUCCUGCUCUUUAGCAGAGGGAGGGGCAUGAACGGUAGAGGGAGGAGCAUAAGCAACAGAGGGAGGG